UAACCUUAAAGGGUACUAUAGUGAGCCAGUGCGCUGGACAGCAGGAUCGACACGGCCAGUACGUGUCGGAGAGGGCAUAGCUGACUUUUCCAGGUAUGUUGUACAAGCCCGGGGCCCGCAGUCGCUGGGCACCCCCAUCGCGUCUACUAUUUCAUCACUCUGGAGAUGGAUUCCGCCUCCGCCAACGGUUACCAUCGCGUCUGCACUUUUCUCAAGCCGCUGGACUCCAGGCUUCCGAGCGACACUCCGGAGUCAAACCUGGGCUAACUUUUGCCGCAACUAUACUAGUGCUGGGUGGGAUCGGAUACGUGGCGUAUGAACAAUAUCAGCCGUUCCGACAUUCUUUGCUGGCUGUUGUCCGGUGCUCGAGAGUUGCUGUGGCCGCUGUUUUGGGAGUUGUGGACUACAAGCUAACUUUUGCACGAAGUUAUGCCUCGGAAGCGGAGAAAGUGCAAGGAUACUCGCAAUGCCAUACCAGAAGUGCCAGGAGGGUGCUCAGGGCACUCUUGGCUAACGGAGGCGUUUUCAUCAAGUUAGGCCAGCACAUGGCUUCUCUGAUCGUGUUACCUCAGGAAUGGAGAAACACUAUGCGACCGUUGCAAGACAAGUGUGAUCCUACGUCGUACGAGGAUGUUGAAGCGCUCUUCCUUUCGGACAUGGGUAAACCAAUAAGCGAGUUAUUUGAGGAUUUCGAUCCCAUACCCAUUGGGGUCGCAAGCUUGGCGCAGGUGCAUACAGGAAAACAUAGAGAGUCAGGGAAAAUGGUUGCCGUGAAGUUGCAGCAUCCCAAUCUUGCCGAGUUUUGUGAGAUCGAUAUGGAAAUGGUCACAGUUACUCUGGGUUGGGUCAAGCGCUGGUUUCCUGAGUUCGAAUUCACGUGGCUGGGUGAAGAAAUGAGAGUAAAUCUUCCCAAAGAAAUGGACUUCGUUAAUGAAGCACAAAACGCACGGCGCGCAGCCGCUAAUUUCGCAAAUGUCUCUACAUCAUUGUACAUACCCGAGGUGAUCUCAGCCACCAAACGGGUCCUAAUCAUGGAAUACAUACAGGGAGCAAGGGUAGACGACUUGGCAUUCUUGAGAAAGGAAGGAAUCGAUAAUAACAAGGUAGCAUUGGAGUUAGCAAGGAUUUUUGGACGAAUGGUAUUUGUUGAUGGUUGGUUCCAUGCGGAUCCACACCCUGGCAAUUUGCUUAUUCGGAGGGCUACGAGGGACUCUCGUUCGCCGUACAAUUUUGAAAUUGUUUUGCUGGAUCACGGUUUGUACUUUGAUAUGGACGACCAACUUCGGAUCAACUACAGCAAGUGGUGGCUCUCCCUAAUUGCCAAGGUCUCGCCUAAGACGCUUGAGGAUCGGAAAAAGUAUGCGGAGUUGGUUGGGAACAUUACCCCGGACUUGUACCCGGUGUUUGAGGCAGCUAUUACAGGCCGUGUAGCACUCGAAGGUUCAUGGCAAGAUGAAUCAAACAGUGGCGGAUUCGAUCGAGCGUCGAGCAUUAUUGACGUACCACCUUUUUCAGAAGCGGAAGGGCAGGCUAUCCGGAAUGCCGUCAGUAAUGAGGGAAUACUACUUUCCGUCCUUGACGUGCUCAGAAGGAUACCACGAAGGGUCGUGAUGGUUUUAAAGUUGAAUGAUUUGACAAGGAGUUUGGAUCAUGCACUUGCCACCACGCAUUCGAGUGCUCGAAUAUUCCUUAUUACUGCCAAGUACUGCAUGGCUGCGGUUUGGCAGGAUGACUAUCGACGCAUCCAGCAACAUGGUUUACAGAUGUAUGGAUGGUUUGGCUCCCUGCGCCGCUUGCUUUCUUGCUGGUGGAAAUAUGCGACAGGCUACGCGACUCUGACGCUUCUCGAAAACGUCAUGGAUAUACGCGCAUCACUGACCAGGCUCUUGACAAUGGGACACACUUGCAUAUUAACCAAGAGAUUACGAUAGUUUGUGAACAGGAGUUAGAUGGUAG